AUGUCUGCUGCAUCAUCCUUCUACUCUGUCCAGAGCCCACUGCUCUCUGCCGCCGAGGUCGACCAUGACGUCCACGGGCUCCGUGAAGCCAUGAAGGGAAUCGGAAAAGACAUGGACGUCCUCGUAACAAUCCUCGGCAAGCGCACCCCCAACCAAGGCGAGCAAAUCGGCAAAGCCUACAAGGCAAACUUUGGUGAAGACCUCGUCAAGAAACUCCACUCUGAAGUCGGCGGCCAUGUCGGCCAUCUCCUCCAAGAUCUCGUUAAGCCAUUGGCCCGUGUAGAUGCUGAAGCGCUCUACCAUGCCGUGCACGGUGUUGGUACCGAUGAAGCAACCGUCAUUGAGGUCCUUGUUGGACGCUCGAAUGCUGAGAUUAAGGCUAUGAAGGAGGCGUUCUUUGAUGUGUAUGAGAAGAAGAUGGAAAAGUUUGUUGAAUCCGACUUUGGUGGCAACAUGAAGAAACUCGUUACCAUCUUGCUGCAAGGUGAACGUCCUGAAAGUGAGGCUGCCAUGGAUGUUGACUUGGACGUUGAACGCUUGUACAAGGCCGGUGAAGGCAAAUGGGGUACCGAUGAAGCCGAAUUCUUCUCGGUCCUGUGUAACCGUAGUGAUGCACACUUGAAAAAAGUGUUUGCUGCAUAUGAAAAGAAACACAACAAGCCAUUCACUACUGUCGUAAAGAAGGAGUUCAGUGGUGAUUUGGAAAAGGCGCUGCUCUUGCUCCUUGAUUCCGUCAACGACCGACCUCUCUUUGUCGCCGAGCAAAUCGAAAAGUGUUUUGGAAUGCUGAACACUAAUGAAGAGAAAUUGAUUCGUCUAAUGAUCAGACACCGUGAACCCGCAAUCAUGGCCCAAGUCAAGGAAGCCUACGCUAAACGAUACGGUGUCUCGCUACGACACAAGAUCGAGAAGAAGACUGGAAUGGGACUCGAGAAGGCUUUGCGUUUUUUGGCUCACAAUGCCAAACCUCUCAUGUUUGCAGGUCAACAUCUGUGA